AUGGUGAGUUUUAAGACAGAUGCAUUAAAGAGGAAAAAUACCAGAGCUUCACCCCAAGCUCUGCAGCGAAUGAGUCAUACACAGGCAGCACCUGCUCAGGCGACCUCGUUGCUAGGCCCGCCCUGUAGCCACUCUGGGUCUCUGAGGCGGGCCAGGCCAGAGCCGCAAGAUCAGCCAGACCCAGUGGCUCCAAGGGGCGCCUGGUCGUGGGUCAUCCCUUCAUUCUCGCUCCAGUGGGAGGAAGGCAGGCGCCCACCGCAGCCCUCAAGCCAAACAACGGGGGCACAGCUCACAAACCUGGCUGAAGAAUGCGGAGCCACCGGGGGCCGCACCUCCACAGCAGCAGCGGAGAUCACUACUGAAAUGUUAACAGGAGCGCCUACUCAGGACUGUCCUAAUGGAGGUGAGGUGAAAAUAGAGCAGCUGUUUCAAGAAUUUGAAAACACAAGAGCUGAUACUUUACAGUCAGAGGGAAUAAAUGACUCUGAAAAAUGUUCUCCCACCAAAAGUUCAGAUAGUCUGAAUACAGUAAAAUCCAGCAGCUCAUCCGAAGCAUCCAAAGUGGUUCCUCUUACUCCAGAAAAAACACUGAAGCAAUAUAAGCACCUUCUCACUGCUUAUGAGAAACUUGAAAUUUUCAAUUAUCCAGAAAUUUAUUUUGUGGGCCCAUGUGCCAAAAAAAGGCAUGGAGUUGUUGGUGGUCCCAAUAAUGCGGGGUAUGAUGAUGCAGAUGGGGCUUAUAUUCAUGUACCUCGAGACCACCUAGCUUAUCGAUAUGAGGUGCUGAAAAUAAUUGGCAAGGGGAGUUUUGGGCAGGUAGCCCAGGUGUAUGAUCACAAACUCCAACAAUAUGUGGCUGUAAAGAUGGUGCGUAAUAAAGAAUGUUUACAUCAUCAAGCAACUGUGGAGAUCCGGAUUUUGGAACAUCUUAAAAAACAAGAUAAAACUGGUAGCAUGAAUGUUAUCCACAUGCUGGAAAGUUUCACAUUCCGGAACCAUGUCUGCAUGGCCUUUGAAUUGCUGAGCCUGGACCUUUAUGAGCUAAUUAAAAAAAAUAAAUUUCAGGGCUUCAGCAUGCAAUUAGUACAUAACUUUGCUCAAUCCAUCUUGCAGUCUUUGGAUGCUCUCCAUAAAAAUAAGAUCAUCCACUGCGAUCUGAAGCCAGAAAACAUUCUCCUGAAACACCAUGGCAGCAGUGCAAUCAAGGUCAUUGACUUUGGGUCUAGCUGUUUUGAGUACCAGAAGCUUUAUACAUAUAUCCAGUCUAGAUUCUACAGAGCCCCAGAGAUCAUCUUAGGAAAUAGUUACAGCACAUCAAUUGACAUUUGGAGCUUUGGCUGCAUCCUUGCAGAACUUUUAACAGGACAGCCUCUCUUCUCAGGAGAGGACGAAGGAGACCAGUUGGCCUGUAUAAUGGAACUUCUAGGGAUGCCACCAUCAAAACUCCUGGAACAAUCCAAACGCACCAAGUACUUUAUUAACUCCAAAGGCCUACCUCGCUACUGUACCAUGACUACUCAGGCAGAUGGAACAACUGUGCUUUUGGGAAGUUGCUCCUUUAGGGGUAAACAGCGGGGUCCCCCAGGCAGCAAAGACUGGGCCACAGCACUGAAAGGCUGCGAUGACAACUUGUUUAUAGAGUUUUUGGAAAGGUGUCUUCGUUGGGACCCCUCUGCCCGCCUGACCCCAGCUCAAGCAUUAAGACAUCCUUGGAUUAGCAAGUCAGUUCCUAAACCUCUCACCAUUGAAAAAACAUCAAGGAAAAGAGUGGUAAAUUCUCCUAAUGCUUUUCAGGGUUUGGGUUCUAGGUUGCCUCUAGUUGUUGGAAUAACCAAUAAGUUUAAAGCUAACUUAAUAUCAGAAAGCCCGAGUGGGCUACUUCUGUGCAAUGUACUGCCAAAACUGAUUAACUAA